AUGGCGGUCAUACUCAUUCUUGCGUCACUCCUUUCUCUCUUCCUCCUCAAAUGCGCGCGGCGCCGCUUCUUCAAUCAUCGCGACCCCGCCGCCACGUCAGCACACAGCGACAAGCUUUCUGCCCUUCCUACGUUCAAAUACGGCAGUGAUUCAUUUCCGGCUUCUCCUCCUCCUUCUUCUUCUUCAAAGACGCCGUUUAAUCCUGAAACAAGCUGUGCUAUAUGUUUGGCCGAGUACGUGCAUGGAGAGGAAGUUAGGGUUCUGCCCAAGUGUAAGCAUAUGUACCAUAAACCUUGUAUAGAUCAGUGGCUGGUGUUGAAGUCUUUGCACUGUCCCCUUUGUAGGGACCGCACGAUCGAAUGGGACGUGGAGCCCACGAGGACCACCAAUAGUCUUGAUCCAGACGUGGUGUUGAAUUUUGGCUUUGCCAAUGGCUCGGUUUCGGUGUUACGCCCAGGCCUUUGA